AUGAAAGUGUUGGCAUCGUUGCUCAGCCCUCUGAAACGCAAAGUCUUUCCGUUGACUGCAUUUGCCGAGACAAAAUCGUUACACUACGCAAAGAAUAUUUUCUCAAGAUCCAGGAUAGUUGUUGACAAGCAACUUGCUUCUGUUGCUGAAUGCAAGCUCCAUGAAAUCGCUGCCGAUCAUGCUAGCAUCGGCUUCUUGGACCACCCCACUUACAAGAUAGUAUCGAAGGUGAUUAGAAGCGCUAUUGACUCCAGGCCGACCACGAAUGUGGCAAUCCUAAACGCGCCGCUUGCCAGCUUGACUAUUCAGGGGCCAACGAACAAACCACAUGUCCAACGAGCUCGACGAGCGAAUGUCGAAGUCAAAUGUCAUCACAUACCUUAUCCCGAGAACGAGUUCUUCCAGGGACGCACAAACACGCUUCAGGUCAUGAAGGAGCGUUUGAUCGAUUCGCCUGGAACAAAGUCGACCCGCGCAUUUGCUUUGUGGGGUCCUCCUGGUCAAGGCAAGACGCAAACUGCUUUACACUUCGUGUUUGAGCAUAGGCACGAAUUUGCGUACAUAUUUUGGGUACAGGCGGAUGCUGGUGAUAAACUGGAGCAGGGUCUCCAGGACUGCGCAGUCGCGGCGAAGCUCCGAAAAGCCGACACGGAUGUCACGGCAGGUGCACGGGAACUGAUGGCCCAUCUUGACCGGACUGGUAAGCUUCACGGCAUCUUCUUGUUGGCUAGCUAUACUGAAUUUAAGCCAGACGAAAGAUGGCUGCUUGUUUAUGACAAUGCGGUGAGCCCGCUGUUGAUCAACGAUUGGUGGCCACACAGUGAGUCUGGCGCAAUAUUGAUAACAGCGCGCAAGCAAGUAUUCGGGACCAGCACGGUCGCGAACGCUGGUCUCGAACUGGACAAGCUCUCCAAUGACGAUGGGAUAGAGAUGAUACUUGGUCAGAUACAAGAACACGCACGAAGAGUCCCUGAUCCACGGCAACAGGCUCAAAAGAUAGUAGAGCGUGUUUCCGGCCUAGCGCUCGGCAUUCAGGCCGCAAUUGGGUUGAUCAACGAUUCUGACUUCACGCUUGAACAGUACAACAAAAAAUACACCGAUCGCCACAAGUUUCUUCUGCAUGCUGGCAAGCAUCAAUCCCACCGUAACUGGGCACCAUAUCCACAAGGUUUGUUCGAGACUUUGACUGAUACUAUACAAAACGUCGGCACGGAGGCUCGAGACCUGCUAGAGAUUUUCUCUCUACUUGAUCCUGAUUAUAUUCAACUCAGACUCCUGGAGGCUGCGCUGGAGUCUGAUGGAUUGAAAGAUCUCAGUCACAUCAAGGACAGCGAUAACUAUAUGCCUAGUCUCUAUAACGGGAUCAUAGCAAGAAACGUCGAGGACGAUGGGCAAAGACUGCCUAGCUUUCACAUACAUCGACUGCUCCAGGAUUGCGUUCAACUCAACUCCAGAGUGAAAUCAUUGCAGCGACCUUUUGAAGAUGCAAUCGCUAUGGUGUUGGCAGCUAUGGGCUCAACCAAGUUUGAGAUAUCCCACCAGAUGGCUCCACUUCAACUCAAAGAGUACUUGCCUCAUGUACAGGCAUUACACAACUUCUACCAAACAAAGCCCCUUGACGACACGUCUCCAAGUAUUAAACCGACUCUGAACUUUGUCAAGUUGCUGCGGAAAUGCGCAUCACUGUGCUACAAACGAGGAAAACUCAGCAAUGGGCUUGCACUUGUAGAAACUGGCCAUGACAUACUUGGGGAGGAUCCCGGCCAAGCCUCAGUCCCUGGUGAGUGGGGUGACAAGAUAAUCGAGUCCAUGCGACUGCAUCAUCAACACGCGUGUAUUUGGUCGGAGGUAGGUAACUUUGAGCUCUCAUUGGAGCACUGGAAGGCUGCAGAAGCACACUACACAGAGCUCACGAAGGCUGGAAACGCCGAAGUGACAAACGAAGACAUCGAACAAUAUUUAGGUGGGAUCGCAAAUUCACAAAAUGGCUUGGGGAGGCACAAGGAGGCUAUUGCAUCUUACUUUGAAUGCUUCAAGUAUGCACCAAAAGACGAUAUCGAUUCCCCUUACGAGGUCAACAUUUGUCGUACUAGAUGGGCAGAUGGGCAGUUCAAGGAAGCCGCUGAACGGCUGUGCAAGCUGAUUGAGCUUCGCGAACAAGCUGUUGGCCAAAAGGAUGAUGUUAGGAACUUCGUUAUGGGUAGCAUGCUCUACGUCCUUGGUAAUGUUCGCAUCUCUCAGAAUCUGCUGGGCGAAGCAUACUCGCUCCACGAGAGAGCUCUCGGCUGUUGGCGAAAGACAUAUGGUGAAGAGCAUCAUAAGACGGGCGAUGCAUGGCAUAAGAAAGGCUGGCACGAGGCGCGGCUUGGUAGUUUCGAUGUCGCAAAACAAGCUCUCCAAAAUGCUUUAAGGGUAUAUGAGACCGGCUCUGAUAGGACGUUUCGCUCUGGUGAAGUUGCAAGAUCGAGUUUCAAACUUUCGGAGGUGCUUGAAAAGCUGGGAGAGGCCGAUGAAGCAGAAAAGUAUCGUGCGAAGGCGCUCGAGCUUCGGCGACUACUUGUCGGACAUGCCUUGCAGAAUCCGUGUGAGGAGGAUUUUGAGAAGCUCGUCAGCCUUAUCGCACUCCAACUGGUUCGAAAACCUAAUCAAACUGGUAAUAUCUCAGGUGCGAAUCGUGGUAUUGGCCUAGGGUUGGCAAGAGAAUUUCGGGACCAAGGUUGGGUUGUUCAUGGCUCAGUCCGACCACAAACGCGUAACGAUCCAUCAAUCUUUGAACUUGAGAGUAUCGCAAUCAAAAUCCUCGAGAUUGACUAUCUUGAGGAGCGCACGAUCGUCUCAGCAGCAACGCAGUACGGCGAACAUACCCCACUUCAUUGCCUCGUAAACUGCGCGGGUAAAUGCGUUAGCGGUGCGCCCUUGACGUGGCAAGACAACGAUGCUGAGACCUUUUCACGGUUUUUCUCGACGAUGGUUGUGGGACCAGUUCUGGUAACAAAGCACUUUGAGCGCAAUCUGAUCCUUGGUGAACAUGCGAAAGUGGCAUUGACUGGACUAGAAAAUGACACGGGAAGCAAGAUCGCCUAUAAGGUUGCCAAAGCAGGACUGAAUCAAGCAUCACGAACGCUUGCAAUGGAUUUCAAGGAAAGAGGCGUCGGUAUAACAGCUAUUACCGUUGAUCCUGGGGUAGUUGCGACGCGGUUAAAUGGCUGGAAGAACAAGGUGGAUCUUCGAGAUUCCGUACGCGGGAUUUAUACAGUGACGAACCAGAUCAAACCAGAGAGUACGGGAUCUUUUUGGAGCUGGAAUGGUAUCAACAUUCCGUACUGA